UUGAAAUCACGAAUCACGAGCGCUUAUUUCGGAAACCUUCGGUACUACGUUCUGGAAACUGCUUGGUCGGUAACAUAUCGAACCAUAUUAUAUAUAUUUUGAUAAAAUGUUUAUAUAUAUGGUCAUCAUGAAAUAUUCGCGGAAAAAAACGAGUGCUUUUGAAUGGUUAGCAUCCGUGAAUUUUCUGAUCGUUCAGUUUCGAAAUGAAAUCACAACGAAUUCGCUGGGCGUUUUGAAAAGAAAUUCUAAGGGAAUAGUUUCAUAGCUCUCCGCUAGGUUCAUGACUUAUAAGAAAGCUAGAUAAAAAAAAUGUUCCUACCGUGUCUCGUUCUUGUACUAACCUGUACUCUGUACUGUCCUGUAUGGUCCUAUAGGUCCUAUACACAUAAACAGAAGCAGAAGAAAGUUCCGUUGCGGCGCGUUGAGAUUUAGCGCGUUUUUUCUUUUCAGUGCGACCGAAUUUGCUAUGAUUGUGAAGAGAAUCAAGACUAUUGAAACCGAAUUGAAAUUCAAACAUCAAUAUUCGUAAUUGUUACGGUGAUAAAAAUACUUAGUGUACAUCUAAUCGUCUUAUCGUCCGAAAAUGAAUAUCGUUUGUGUCAUAUGCAGCGAUAGUUUGACACCCUCGGACGAUGUUUUUUUCACCCCCUGCGGACACAUUUUUCAUUUUGUUUGUCUUACGCAAUGGCUCGAAAGAUCAAAGACAUGUCCACAAUGCAGAGAAAAAACAACACAGAGCAGAAUCCACAGAAUAUACUUCAACUUUUCCAACAACGAUACGAUAUUGGAGGAUUCAACUUCGUUGCAGGCAAUGGUUGAUAAUUUAAAAUUUCAAUUGAUGGUGAAAGAGCGAGAGAUUAAGCAGGCUCUGACAAAAAGCGAUACCCAUAAAAAAGAAUCUGCCGGGUUACGGGCUGAAGUACGUAAAUUGGAGAACGAGAUAACGCACAAAGAAACAGCUAUUCUUGCACUCAAAGAACAAACAAGAUUUUUCAAGGGACUCAGCACUGAAGCCGAAGAUGCCAAAAAAGAAGUAACUCGUUUGAAAAAAAAAUUGGACGAGUACAGAUGCAUACAAUUGUUGAUAAAUGCACCGGCAGAAGAAACCGACAAUAUAUUGGCUAAUACAAGAGAUCCAGAUCGACUUCUCACAUACAUUUCCGUUAUGAAAAAAGAAUUAACAGCGAGUGUCGCAAGACGUCAAGAGUUGCGCAUAUCUAUGAGAAAACUGCAACAGGAAUUGACUGCUGUGUCGAUGGAACGAAAUUUCUUAUUGGAUGAACGAGAAAAUCGAAAGAAAUUGGAGGAUUUGUUAGCCGUUGCCGAACUGGAAAAAAAAGAACUCGAAAGUCGUGUCAAAGAAUUGGAAUCGGGGAUUCCGGCUGAAAAAGUCAAGAAAGCGAAGAGCCAAAUAUCGGAAAAUAAUCAGCAGGCUGCAGGCUCGUCGAAAACAAUUAUUGAUCUUUGUGCAAAUUCGCCCAUUUUAGCAGGUUCCAAGCAACCUCGUGAAAUUUUGUCGAUUGGGGAUGAUGAAGAAGACAAUGAAGAAAAUGCUCCUCUCUUUCCUUUACCGUUCAACAUCUGUGGAGAAGUGGCUAAAAGAAGAAAAAAAAAGUAUUUGGCUUCCAAGGCGUAUCCGUUACUAGCGAAGAAAGCGAGACUCGCUCCUCGAUCCGUCAGUGCGGAUCGUGAAUCGAGCGAAAUGACUUACGAUGGUUACGGUGGUCACGCUAAGGCUGACCGAUUUCCUAGUCCAGUGGGAUCCAAAAAAUUGAAUCCAACGAGAAAACCGGCCGGGUCAUCUUCGACGAUGAGGGCACCUCUUGAUGACGGAAAGAACCAAAAGCUCAGCAAUUACGUUAAUUUGGAUCCGUGAAUAUAAAAUUUCGUUGGUACAAAUCUUGUCCCGGUUUUAGCUUUAAGCGAAGACAUUUUUCCAUAACAAACCAGUGAAGAAGAUUGAAAAAAAAAAUUUUUUUUCGAUUUUUCCGAAAAAAUUCGCUAAAAGAAAAUGAAGGAAAUAGGCAUCCUUUUAAUUAGUAAGGGAAAAGUGUUUGUCAGUCAAAAUUUUCGUUAUCGUUUUACCGUAUUACACUUGUCGAUAGGUUUCAACGGUGAUAAGUGAGAAAAAAAAAUUGAAACACGCUAAUAUUUUUUCAUUGGUCCACAGUGUCAGUGGAAGAAAAUAAAACAAAACAUUUCGUACAA